AUGUCCAACUCAGCGGAACGUCAGCCCGAGGUCGUCGAUGACGAUUUCGAGGACCCCGAUCUUGAUAACAACAACAUGGCUGAUUCUGAUGAGCAACUUGCCUACGAUGACAACGAUGCCAUCGACAAAUCGAACAUCACGACUCAGGGUCUCCGUCACGCAAAGCCUCAGAGUAGCACCGGGUACAGCGAGCCGGGUGAGGAUGACCUACCCGAGGGCGCCUAG